AUGAAGUUCAAGAGUUCAUGUCCGGCGGUGGAAUCCACAAGUUGGUCUAUCCUUGGAAGUGGGAAGCUAUCUUUAGGGCAUGUCUUAUUUAAGUUUGACAAAUUUGGAGAUCAAUAUAAACUUUUCCUUCUAAUUAAUCCGGAGGAUGAUAAGCCUGUGGCAGUUGUGGUUCCGAGAAAGACUUUGCAACCAGAAGCCACUGCUGUUCCAGAAUGGUUUGCUGCUGGGGCUUUUGGACUAGUCACUAUAUUCACCCUACUUCUCCGUAACGUUCCUGCAUUACAAGCAAACGUAUUAUCAAUUUUUGAUAAUAUUGAGUUGUUGGAAUAUGGCCUUCCUGGAGCUCUUGUGACUGCACUUCCUCUUGCAGUUCAUGAAAUCAGCCAUGCUUUAGUUGCAAAAGAAAUUGGAAUUAAGCUGGGAAUGCCUUAUUUUGUGCCUAGUUGGCAGGUGAGGAAUAUUGUUAUCCUGAUAUAAUAUCAGACUAAAGAU